UGUGGAAUUGUUGGUCGUUUUAAAUUGUCGACUGAAUGUCGACAGGAUGUCGAUAUUUUGUCGACAUUGUUGAAUUGUGUUUGCUUUUGAUAAUGUCGACAUAAUGUCGACCGUAUGUCGACAUUAUGUCGACAUGUUUUUAAUUUUUUUUGGCAGCUUUAUUUAUUUGUUUUUUGUUUUUUCAGAUGGCUCCCAGACUCAUAAUUCCAGCACCCGAGCAUUUUAUCGGCCGCGUCACAUAUAGAGGCACUGGAAUUUUUGCAAAAAUCAAAGCUCGGUUUGAGGAGUUCAAUCUGAAUAACACGGCGAAGGAAAGCCGUUUUGGGAGCUUUUGGAAUGCCGUACCCUUGACAUUCUCCUCGGUGUUAUUUCACCAGCUUAUGCUCCACAAAAUGAAGGUGGAUGCCCAGGAGGAGUUGAGGAUGCGGUUUUACGUUGGUCGGAAGGAGGUCAGAUUCGGAGUGCUGGAGUUUGCACUCAUUACAGGCCUGGACUUCUCCUUGGGGCCAACAGAAGAGGAGAAGGCUGCGCAGGUCGCGCGCUCAGGGUCAGACCGAUUGAUCAACAAAUAUUUCAACAGGUCUGAUAGUGUGAAGACAGAAGCACUCCAAGAUAGGUUCACAAACUGUCAGAACCCGGAAGACUUGUACAAGCUCGGCUUGUGCUUGUUUGUGGAGUCAGUGCUUCUGGGCCGCGAGGCAAACGCGCUGAUUACGCCUCACAUACUUAGAUAUGUGGAAGACCUCGAGUUCUUCUUCCGGAUUCCUUGGGGGAAGCACUCAUUCGCCAGACUCAUGCACUCGCUUCAAAAAGACAUGUUGAAACAGAAGGCCAACUACGAGAAGAAGCUGAGUUCGGAUGUUCAGCACGAGUGCAAAUACACAGCAUAUGGCUUCGCACCUGCAGUACAAUAUUGGGCAUACGAGGCCAUUUUGGAGGUUGGGAAGAGGUAUGGCACGAAUCACGGGAUUCGGUUCCCCAGGAUGCUUAGCUGGACGAGCAAGGGCAAUAUUGGGAAGAAAGACGUCAGCGCAUUAUUUUCUAGACGGGUAUGAUUUUCACUUAUGUUCAGAAUAAUUAUUUAACAUAAAUGCUUGUAAUAAAUGCUAAAUGGUUCUAUUUUGAUAUUUUUUGAACCAUAAACAGAAUCUUGAAGUGGUGAAGGGACUACUUCCACGGACAGAGGAGGAGGCAUUUGUGAGGACCAUAUCUUACGAUGGUGUGGAGAACCUGGUUGAUGAUGGUGUGGAUGACACAGAGGCUGAGGCAGGUAGUCAGGUACCAGAGACUCAGGUCCCAGACACUCAGGAAACAGACACUCAGGCCACUGGUUCAGAACCUCAGCCCAGUGCACCAUCUUCAUCAGGCGUUCGGGGUGCCGAGUACACUGAUUUAGUGGCGAGGUUGGAUAGGAUCGAGGCUGACACUCAGGGUCUGUAUGCUGCUCAUGUCGAGCUGAAGAAGGCAUACGAGACCAGCCAUGUAGAGCUGAAGGGUGGUCAGAACGUAAUUAUGGAGCAGCUCAGAGACAUAUUGGCCAUGUUGAAUCGUCCGCCAACGACAGCUUCAGCACCGGAGGCCCCAGCAGAUCCAUCUACCCCACCACCAGCUGCUUCACCCCCAGUAGAAGAGGAGGAGGUCUUCCCCGACGAUUACGAUCCUUAUGAGGGAGCUCCAGCGACUCCGAUCGAGGCACAACCUGUUAUCCAUGUACAUGACACCGAGUCGCAGGGUGAGAUUCUGUCGAUAGAGGCACAACCUGCAGUGGUUAAGAGUCGGAAGAGGAAGAGAAAGCCUCCUGUAUGGUUCGGUGACUAUACGGAGGUGAAGAGGAGACAUAGGCCAUCUUUGACUUUUGAUCCCCUGGAGCCACCGGAUGAGAAAUUGUUAACCACUUUCCGAAAGUGGUGUGUUGGACUCAUUCCGAACCACCGACUUCGGGAUUUGAGAAGUGGUGAUUACGGUCCAGGAUUCUUUUGGAUAAUGCUCACACCAAAGGAAUGGCUUACAGAUGACCAUAUAGAUGCAGCAAUGCAUAUGCUGAGGAGGCGACGCACCGACUAUCCACUGACAUUUCCUCAGAAGGGUGUCAUUCUCUCCACAUUCGUGACCAGCAUGAUCAGCAGUGCAUGGACGAGCCACAAGGGUCCGAGGAGAAACUUUGUGUGGGAGGAUUAUAUCCUGGACUACUGCAGAGGGGUUCAUAAGUCCCAAGUCUUUGAGAGAUGGAGGGGUAACGAGUUUAUUUACUUCGUUCUGAACCUUCCCGAGGCAAGGCACUGGGUCACACUUGAAGUCGACAUAGAGCUGUGGAAAAUUAAUGUCUACGACUGUGAUUCCAGCGUCUGUCAUUGGACCGCCAUGGAACCCAUCCUGAAGACUUGGGGAGAACUGCUGCCCUCGCUAAUCCUUGCAACCGGGGAAUUUCCACAUAACAACCAGAUCAUGGCGUUAACUAACAGGGACAUCACGGUGCUUCCAAAAAUGCAUUCGACUCGAGCCACUCACGACUUAGUUCCGAAGUCAACAACCAGUGGUGAUUGUGGCGUCUAUUGCAUUGAGUAUGUGGAGCAUCUCAUGAUGCAACGUGGAUUGACCGAUGUGACGCCAGGCCGGAUAGCUAUGUUUCGUCAACGGUGGUGUGUUGAUUUAUUUUACCAAAAUGUCGGCUGAUUAUGUGUAAUUAUUGGGACAUUGUAUAUUUUGUGUAAUUAACAUUACAGUUAUGUAUAUAUAGACUUUCUCUUCGUUCAAAUUAUGAUAAUUAUUCGUGGUUUCAAAUAUAAAAUAUCGAUAUUAUUCAACAAAAAUAACUAUUAAACCUAAAAAUAAUUAAAAUAUUUAAAAAAUAUUCAACCUCGACAUUAUUUUAAAGCAGUUUCGAACCUGAAAUAGCGAUAAUUAUUCAUAGUUAGACCAGUUACUAGUGAAAACACUCCCCAUACUUCAGUAUUAUAUAUUAGACCACUCUCUAUCACUCUCUUUAUAUGUUAGACCAAGUGAAGGUAAAUUGGAUAAUGAAGAAUUAUA